AUGGGCCUAGAUCUUGAUGCUUGUAUUUCUCAGCUACUUCAGAAACAACUUCUCGAUGAAUCACUCCUUAAAGAGAUUUGCGAAAAAACCAAAGAGUUGUUAAUGCGUGAAAGCAACGUAAUUCAUAUUUCUGCACCUGUAACAGUUGUUGGCGAUUACGUGGAUCGGGGGCUAUUUAGCGUUGAAACUAUCUCGUUACUGACUUGUCUUAAGCUACGUUAUCCUGAUAGAGUACAGCUUGUAAGAGGAAAUCAUGAAUCAAGAGCGGUAACUCAAACCUAUGGAUUCUAUACUGAAUGCGUUAGGAAAUAUGGUUCUACACACGUUUGGAAUUACUUCACGGAUAUGUUUGACUUCCUUACUUUGUCGGUGGUAAUAGACAACAAAAUAUUUUGUGUUCAUGGUGGGCUUUCGCCAUCUAUACACAGCAUAGACCAGAUAAAAAUUCUUGAUCGAUUUAGAGUGUCAAUCGAACACAUUGUAGAAAUUCCACACGAAGGUCCGAUGGCAGACUUAGUUUGGUCUGAUCCUGACCCAGACAAAGAUGAAUUUGCCAUCUCACCAAGAGGUGCAGGAUAUACCUUUGGUGGACAAGUUGUCAAGAAAUUUCUCGAGAUAAAUCAAAUGGAACAUAUUUUACGUGCGCAUCAACUAUGCAUGGAAGGAUUUCAGGUUCUUUAUGAUGAUCGUCUGUCAACUGUUUGGUCAGCUCCGAAUUAUUGCUACCGUUGUGGUAAUAUGGCAUCGAUCCUAGAAGUUGGUGUUGAUGGGCAAAGAUUCUUCAAUGUAUUUGAUGCUGCACCAGAAAACGAUAGAGAUGGUCCUUCUCAACAGAUGUCUAUCGAGAGAAAGGUAUAG